CCCUCCACACUUCCUCCAUACACACACUCUCUCUCUCUGCCCCUACAGAUCUAUCUUUUUCUCUCUCUAAAAGCUUAAUGGAGUUCAAUUGAUUCAUUUCGAGGCUCUUUUUCUUUCUGGGUACAUUCCAUUUCACUUCAAGAGGGUCUUAAUUUUUCUGGGUAACUAUUAAUUUGUGAGAUGAAGCAGUGGAUACGAAGAUUGGCUCGGGUCGCCGAUUCGUCGCAGUGCAGCCUGCUUCGAUCCAACUCACAGAUAGUGAGGUCGAGGGCCUCGUCGGCGAGAAGAAUCGGGCGGACGAAGUCGGUCCCGGAGGGUCACGUGCCGGUGUACGUCGGAGACGAAAUGGAGCGGUUCGUGGUGAGUGCAGAGCUCCUUAACCACCCGGUUUUUGUCGGGUUAUUGAACAAAUCGGCUCAGGAAUACGGUUACGAACAAGAAGGGGUGUUAAGGAUCCCGUGUCACGUGCUCGUGUUCGAGCGAGUCAUGGAGUCGCUCCGACUCGGUCUGGAGUCACGUGACCUCCAGGAUCUGCUAAGCUCUUGCUUCUCUGAGGAGUUAUGAAUUAUGAUAUCUACUUUUUCUGGGUGUUCUUGGUAGAACAGUAAAUUACGUGGGCUGUCGAGGUCUUUUUUGUAAAUACGACCUUUAACCACAGAUGGCAAAACAAAACAGAGAAGAAGAGAUGGAAAUGGUUUGUGUAAAAAGGACUUGACACACCAACAUUCUGUGGUGCUAAAUUACUUUCUUUUCUUUUUAUAUAAUUUUAUUCUUCGGUUAA